GAGCGAGGCCCGGGUUGUCACGUCUUGCUGGGUCACGAUACCGCCUGUAGUAACACCCUGAUGAUAAUAACCCUGCCGAGGCCGCGCACGGCUGCAAGGGAGAAAUACCGGACACAGAAAGAAUUUACGGUCCGGCCUCUAGUAGAGAGUAGAAAGUCACUGAAUGAGCAUGAGGGGUUUCACACUUACUCGGUAUGAUUGAAUGAUGACGGAGAGGAGCAAAUAACUAAGGUGAACUAUGGCACUGCGCAGCUCUCCCACUCACGUGGAGAUUGGAGACUCUGAUCUGGAUGACUGGGAAGUAAAAGGCUCUGGUGGUUUUGGACAAGUCUACAAGGCCAGACAUCAAAAGUGGUGCUGCGAUGUGGCCGUUAAACUUCUCCACGAUGACGAUGGGACCAGUUCAUCCUUGCUGCGUGAAGUCAGAAUGAUGUGUAAAGGAAGCAGCCCAUACGUCAUUCCAGUCCUUGGGGUCUUUAAAGGUCAUAGUCCCUCUUCUGGACCAGUAAAGCUUGGGCUGGUCAUGGAGUUCAUGGAGAGAGGAUCACUGGCCAACCUGCAGAGAUCUUUACAAGGACCCCCGCCCUGGCCGCUGGCCUUCAGACUGACCCACCAGGUGGCCCUAGGUAUAAACUUCCUCCACAAUCUCUCUCCUGCUCUGCUGCACCUGGACCUAAAGCCGAGCAACGUGCUGCUGGACUCCUUUCUGAAUGCCAAGCUUACAGAUUUCGGCCUUGCCAAGUUUUCCCAAAGUGUCACACGGAAAUCUAAGAAGCACAGCGACGAAGAAGAAGGGGGAACUAUCAGCUACAUGCCCCCAGAGGCAUUUAGCAUCUCAUACAACCCAACUCGGGCAUCUGAUAUCUACAGCUAUGGUAUACUGUUGUGGUCCAUCGUCACAGGAAAAGAACCAUAUCCACAUGCAAUGUCCAGCAUAGUUCGUCUCCGCAUCCCGCAGGGGGACCGUCCAUCGCUGGACGAGAUCCGUUGUCUGGCUGCAGGGCGUGCCGGGUUAGCACGACUAAUGGAGCUCAUGCAGAGAUGCUGGGAGGCUAAACCUGCUCAAAGACCCACUUCUCAUGUGUGCACAAUUGUGACAGAAGAGCUGUAUAAGAUGCACAAACGUGCAAUUAUUGACGCCGUUCAUGGAGUGCUGAAGAAACUGGACCAGACGGAAUCAGAGGAAAUGACUGAGCAGUUUGAGAGGUUCUGUAUUGCUCAGUCUGCAGCAAGCACCAUAGUGAAACCUGCAAACAUUUGUGAAGAUGUCCCUACAGGGCGCCCGCCCAUUCAGGAAGUGGCUGGCAGUUGGUCUGCAAAUCAAAGAGACAACACAAGAGUCAAAGAAUCGCCUUCACAUCGAACUGCCAAUGUGUCUCAGGUGGACCAUCCCCACUCAGCAGGCUAUAAAAUUAAACCAUCCUCUGUUCAGCCCAUUCAGUCGCAGCCCCCGUCAGCUCCUUCGAGGAAGCCGCAGAAUGGAUCACUGAAAGGCAUGCGCCCACCUUUUAAGCAAAACCAUUUCUCUCAGUACCAGCGUCAGUCCUCCAGCCCUGGGAAUUUCUGCUAUCCUGCCGCACCUAGAGUCAACAUGCGCUUCUGCAAUGUAGUUGGAUUACAACUUGGCGACAACAACACCAUGCACAUCUGCGCCACAGAUCCUCUAGAGCGGAAGAGGCACCCAACAGCACCAUCUACCGUUAACGUCCCUCCGCCACACUUGGGAGGCUGGGGGAACAUGGCUGGAGGAGUUGGCUGAGCGUAUUCUCUAAUCUUCCCUCUUUUUUUUUAGCUUCUCAAAUUUGAGAUCAUAUUUAAGGUUUUUUUUUUGGUUUUUUGCAUGUUUGUUUUUUAAAAUCUGUUGUAGUAGAUUUUUAUAUCUGGGCAGGUUUCCGAAAAAGCUUUUUGUUUUCUACUAUUUUCUGUAUUUAUUCUGUUUAUUUUGUUUGAGAUGCUGAAACCAGUGAAAAAAAAGAUCACACCUUUCUUUUGCACUGUCAGCAGUACAAUUAUGGGCCAAGUCUGGUCAUAUGGUUGAUGCUUUUUCAUCAACUGUGGUCAACAAAUAUCCAAAGCGGCGGUGCCAGGAGAUCAUCUUGAGCCAGAAAUCGCCUUAACGAUAGACUGACUAUUAAUCACAACAAGUCAAUAUGUGUUUUAAAACCAAACGCAGGAUUUGCAUUGAUGCAUCGGUCUCCAACUCCAGGCCUCAAGGGCCGGUGUCCUGCAGGUUUUAGAUGUGUCCUUGAUUCAACACAGCUGAUUUAAAUGGCUAAAUUACCUCCUCAACAUGUCUUGAAGUUCUGGUAAUGAACUAAUCAUUUGAUUCAGGUGUGUUGACCCAGGGUGAUAUCCAGCGUUGGGGAGUAACGGAAUACAUGUACCGCCGUUACUUAUGUUUGCUUACACAUGCUGAUUUGUUGGUGCGUUACGUGUAGCUGAGAUGUUAAAAAAUAAAAGAAGCUGCAUUAGUAAGGUUUGAAUAGCAGGUGGGUCAGAGAAGUGUGUCUGGGACCACAUUAGGAAUAUCCACUCUUAAAUAAUAGAGAGUGGAUUUUAAGUCGAAACUUUUCUCUUACAGUGAUAAACUGCAUGUACAGUGUCCUCAUUAUUUAAUUUUUUUUCUAUACACAUGCUUUUUCUUCAUUACAUUUUAAAAGUCACUUAUAUUAAAGUGUCAGCUUAACCUAAAUUUCAAUCAAGAAUUUUUGUUUUUUGUUUCUUGCUCAAGAAACACAUUUUUCACUGUGCUGAAGCGUGACGUAGCUUCAAUGAAGUGCUGGAACAAUGCUGUGUGAAAUAUUUAUUUGGUAUGGUUGUGUUGUAUGUGUGCAAUGUUCUCAUAUUAGGAUGGUUUUUAUUUGAACUGUGCCAUUUUUUUUAGCUGAAAUCAUCCUAAUGUGUAUCUGAUUUAUUUUAAAUGAUGGGUAGGUAAUGUCCCGAAACUGGACAUUUUAGAUAAUGGGACGCAAAAAACAUUUAUUGUUUUGAGUCCGACAUGUUGUAAUUUCAGAUUUUUAUCUCAAAACUUACAGUUAAAUCUCUCAAAAUUUCUACUUAUUCAAAAGUUUGAAUCAGUAAUUUACAAUUUUGAGAUAAUAACUUGAAAUGUAAACUUUAUGUUUAGUGUUAAUUUUUUUCCUGUGAACUUUGUGUGGAAAGAAAAAGGAAAAAUUCUGAUGUUACUUUAAAGAAAAAAACCCCCUGACAAGUUAAUAAAUAUACUAAGAAGUUA